AACAAAGUUUAUCAACCAAUUUAAUCAACUCUUUUUGUUUUUUUGCUUGUACUGCUCGUUGUCAUAUAAAAUUAUUAAAUACGAGAUUAAAUCUGUAAAACAAGAAAAAAAAAUUGAUUGAAAUGUUUGAAAUUUCAACAAAAAUUUCAAAAAAAAAAAUUAAUUGGAGCUCAAAGUAAUUAAAAGUUACUAUUUAUGUGAAGUUGUUGGAAAAAAAAAAUUUGUGGAAAAAUACCGCCUGAAAAAAUGGAAUAAUGUGAAAAUAUUUUUAAAUUUAGGACAAUUAAAAAUUUUACUCAAAAACAAAUAAAUUAAAAAUUUAUUAAAGAAUAUUUUUUUAAGUGAAUGAAAAAAAGGAUAUGAAUUUACUAUAAACUUCAAGUUCUAGAUAAAAUAUUUGUGUCUUAAAAUAAAAAUUGAAAUACAAAAUAUGUAAGUGAAUUUUGAAGCAAUUUUUAAAAAUCCACCAAAGGUAAGAAAAAAUUAAUAAUUAUUUCAAUGUAAAAAAUUAAAGUAAAAAAAAAAAAAAUUGUAAUAAUGGGUGAUAAAGAAGAAUUAACAGAAACAAAAACUAAUCAAAGUCCAAAUAAUAAAUCAACACAUCAUCAGCUUGAACAAAGAUAUUUAGAUUUAGAACAAUGCUCAAAUAUAAGACCAAAAGAUUUAUUACAAAAACGUAAAUCAGAUCCUGGUCAACAAACAAAUCGUAUUGUUGUUAUACAACCAUCAACUGAAUCAAUGAAUUUUGAUGAUGACGAUGAUGACGAUGAUGAUGACGAUGAUGAUGAUGAUGAUGAUGAUAGAGAUGGUAAUGAUGAUAAUGAUGAUAAAAAUGACAAUGAUAAUAAAGAUUGUAAUAGUGAAAUAUUAAAAGACAAAAAAAUACAAAAACGUCCGCGUGAUUUCGGUACGGAUUAUAAAAAAACUGGUGUUUGUAGUGAUUUUAAUACAAGUAAUAAUAUUAGAAAAAAUAGUGAUAAUAGUAAUAUUGAUAAUGAUGGUGAUAAUACACCAAAUAGUAAUGAUGUUAGUCCUAGAUCAGAAAGAUCACAUUCAAUAUGUUCACGUAAUUUAUUUUCAACAAGAUCAUUAAGAUAUCCAACUGGUAGUUCAAGUGGUUUAUCAAAUUUAAGUGGUUAUACAACAAGAAAAUGUGUAUUAACAUUAGAUGGAUAUUCAUAUGUAAUAGAUCUGGAUAUCAUUUACUUAAAAAAAAUGUUCUGUAAAGUAUGGAGCAAAGAAGUCAUUAAUUCAUUAUCAGUAAGACGUUUCACUUUUCAAUUAUGUACAUUGAUGGAAGAAGAAGAAUUAUUGGAAGAUAACAGUUAUGUUUGGUUUUUUAAAUUUUUAACAGUAAAUGUGUUGUCAGUGAAUGUUUUGACAUUAAAUGUCUUAUCAGUAAAUGUUUCAACAGUAAAUGUCUCGGCAGUAACUGCCUUGACAAUAAAUGUCUUAACAGUAAAUGUCUCGAUAGUAAAUGUCGUGACAGUAAAUGUUUUGAUAGUAAAUGUUGUGACAGUAUGUCACACAGUCAGUGAUAGAAAAUUUCUCGCAAGUAAAGGAGUAUAA